UACACGCCUCUCUCUCGUCCGCACAAGGCUGCGCUGACAUUGGGUGCGCUGCUCGCCUCGUUCUAUAACCCUGCUCGAGGCGAUAUGAUUGCCCUACUGUCGGAACUGAGCGGCGAGCCUAUGCUUCCUCGUCUCCGAGAGCAGAUGCUGGAAUCUGCAGAAGGCAGGCGCCUCCUCCUCGAGCGACCCGCCAUCAACACUGCGAGCGUCGAUAUGGCCUACCUCCGCUCUCUCGACGAGAACACCUUUGGCAAACAAUAUGUCCGCUGGCUCGACUGGUGCAAUGUCGGGCCCGACACAAGAGCCAAGGUCCGAUACAUCGAGGACCCAGAGCUGGCGUACGUCAUGCAGCGUUACCGCGAGUGCCACGACUUCUACCAUGUCAUGUGCCUCAUGCCUGUCUCUCACCUCGGCGAGACAGUCGUCAAGGUCUUUGAAGCUGCGCAUAUGGGCUUACCAGUCGCUUUUCUUUCUUCGAUUGCGGGACCCGUCCGGUUAUCCAACGAAGAACGCGCAGCCUUAUUCGGAAUCGGCGGGGCCGGCGGGACCCAGGGUGGGCUUGCGGGUUGGGCAUGGAGGAUGGGAAAAAAGACAAAGCUUCUCAUCGGGAUACGGUGGGAGGAGAUGUGGGAGCGCGAUUUUGACGAGCUCAGGAAAGAAGUUGGAUUCGAUGAAGAUCCA